AUGGAUACUACUUCUGAGGAAGUUUUGGGGAGGAAGUUCUAUGAGUACUUGGAAGGGAAGAGAUAUCUGAAAGCACUUCCUGGAAAUCUUGCUCCUUCAUGCCCUCUAAAUCUGGAAGAAUUGGGGAGAAAGAUCGUUGUGAAAUGUGGAGGUUUACCUCUAGCUAUUGUAGUAUUAGGAGGCGGCUAUUACAGCGUCCUAUCGAGGAAAGAGAAGUCAGUGAAUGAGUGGGAUAAAGUGCUUAAACGAGUGGAAUGGUGGUUACAUGAAAGCAAAGAAGAUGGGAUAUUGGGGAUAUUGGCAUUGAGCUACCAUGACUUGCCCUAUUCCUUGAAGCCCUGCUUUCUUUAUUUUGGAACUUUUCCUGAGGACUUUGAAAUCCCCGUGGCGAAAUUGAUUAAGAUGUGGAUAACAGAAGGAUUUGUACGGAGAAUAGGAGAAGAAGAAGUGGAGGAUGUUGCUGAGGAUUAUCUCAAUGAGCUCAUCGGCAGAAGCUUGAUUCAGGUAGCAGAAAGGAAGAGCAAUGGAACAGCUAAAACAGGCUGUAUUCAUGAUCUUCUACAUGACCUCUUAAUAGCAAAAGCCAAGGAGGAAAUAUUUCUGGAAGUGUACAGGAACAUAGCGUCUACAUCACCGAUGAAAGCACGCCGACUUGCAAUUAGUUCUGGUGAUAUCAGUAAGUCCAGUUCUCUUAACUGCUCCGUUCCACAUCUCCGCUCUUUGUUGCACUUCAGCAGAGAUAGAGAGAUGCACUUCAGCAUAGAUAGAGAAAUGCUCGAGAAACCGCAGUUGAAAAUUCUCGUUGGAGCUUUUAAAUUUCUUAGGGUGAUGCAUCUCCAAAUCCAUGGAAUCUGUAAUCUCCCUGAUGAAAUUGGGUACUUAAUCCACUUGAGGUAUCUCUGUCUCAAGGUGCGCUGGUUAAAAAGUCUACCAUCCACCAUAACCCGCCUCUCCAAUUUACAGACUCUCAAUCUACGGCAUACAAACGUCAACAAGCUACCAGAUGAUGUAUGGAAGAUGAAACAGUUGCGGCAUCUACGGCUAUCGAAAACUUCAGAGAAAUGUAAAAUCAGUGAAAGCAUGCAACUCCAUCGCUUAAGCUAUCUCCAGACUCUAGAAGUAGUAGAGGCAGGCAGCUGGAUAGAAGAAGGUUUGGAUAGAAGACCAAUUUGAGAGAAUUGGGAAUAGUGGGAGAUUUCAAAAUGUCAUUAUCCCAUUCCCUUUGUAAAUUGAACCAUCUUAGAUCAUUGUGGCUAGAGUUGAGUUGGGGAUGCAACUCGAUUCUACCUUUGGCGUCCUUCUCAAAUCAUCAGCAUCUGUAUAAUAUGAGUUUGAGUGGAAUGUUAGAGAAAUUACCAUCCCUGCAUGAAUUCCCACCUAACCUCACCCAGCUAAAGUUGGAGCAGUCCCAGUUAGAACAAGAUCCAAUGGGAGUGCCAGAGAAGCUGCCGUACCUUCGAAUGCUUACGUUGUGUGAUGUGGGAUCUUUCAAGGAAAUGUUCUGCUCUGUUGGAGGGUUUCCUCGGCUUGACCAUUUUUGGAUUCUUAACUUGGCUGAAUUAGAGGAGUGGAGAGUGGAGGAAGGAUCGAUGUCCAAUCUUAGAUUCUUAGACAUUCUUAAGUGCAGAAGAUUGAAAAUGGUUCCUGAUGGAUUGGGACAUGUCACCACCCUUUGAGAAUUGGUGAUAAAAAAGAUGCCGGAAGAAUUCAAAGAAAGGGUGAGAGAGGAGGGAGAGGACUGGUUCAAGAUCCAACGCAUACCCUCUCUUAUCAUCAAAGGCCACUAAGGAUGGCUUCUUUUUUUUUUUUUUCCUCCUUUUU